ACAAAAAUCCUAAAGAGAGACUCAUUGACUGUGAUCCACAAAAAUCUGCAUAAGUAGAUCGAGAAGAAAAUAAUUCGAUUUUUUUAAGCAGAAGAUUGCCAAUUCACUUCCCACGAAUACAAACAGGUAAACAGGUGGCAUGACUUACUUUCGUGGGAAUCUAGAAGUAAAUGCUCUGUACAUUGUGCUGGCUAUGGGGUCUUGGUGUUCGUGUGUUUGUAUAUAUUAAUUACACAAUCAAAGUGCACGGCAAAGUGCAGUACGCAACACUGAGAGCAUUUAAUUCUCAUUUAUUGAUCCCUCAUAAUCAAAAUAGUUUAAUGAAAAUGGAAGAACAGCAGUUCUUGACAGGUUUUGCAGUCUUACCAUGUCUGCAGCAGCUGUUGGCAGUAGUAUCAAUGAAUGAAGGUGGGUUUUACCAACGCCAAUUCGUAAGGGCAAUAACACUUUCUUCUAAACCACCAGACCGGAUUAUGAAGUGGAAGAAAAAAUAGACAGAAUGAAGUGGAUCUGUUUGUUGUCAUUUCUGUUGAUAUUCUUCAUGUGGGCACUUGCUGAAUCCAAUCCUCAUGCUAGGCCUAAUCUCCAUGUUGAUCAAGAGCUUGUUUGCGGCAUGAAUUUGGCUUGCGGCUCUGGUACUAUGAAGGAAUUUGACACCAGGAACAAGGCACAUAUGGAAAAAAGGAGCAUCCUUGAGAAUGAGGGUGGCUAUGGUGAAGAUGCUUCUGUCUCUACAUUGUUUUCUGAAGAGUCUAUUCACCGUGAUUAUGCAGUUUCAGAUCCCCCACCUGUUACAAGAAAACCAAGCAAGGAACCUGUGCACUAUAGGAUUUUCAGGACUCCUCCAAUUUCCAGCCCUAUACCAUAGUAUUUCUUGCAUAAUUAACAGAGAGUAUGCCAUUUAACCUCUGUAAAUGAUUUUUCUUGCUAGUACUCGAAGUGCAUGAAAUUACAUCAGGAGAUUGCAGGUUUCGUUAGUAUACAAAAAAUUUGAAAGUUC